AUGCUAUCAUCAUCUAAGCUAUUUAAUAGUCAAUCUCAAUUAGAAUGUAAAAUCCAUUUAAAUUGUUUAUUAGAGUGCUUGUUGGAUAUCUCAACAAAGAUUUUACAUGACUCAGCAAUUGAAUCUAAUAAGGACUCCAAAAGCAUAGUGUUUAGUAGAAUCAAAGAGAUCACUCUAGAAGCUUUCUCAAAAUAGUUUACAGAUGAAAUCCAUCGUUUAUAAGCAGAAUUAAGAUAAGAAUAAGCAUUGAAUGAUUAAAUUAAGAGAGAGUUCUUGGAAAGGGAAGAAACUAUAAUAUAAGAGUUUGAUUCUAAGCAACGAGAAUUUCAAUUAUAACAAAUAAGGGAAGUUUAGGAACUAUAGGAUUUACUAGAAGCAUCUGAAACAUAACUUCAAGUAAAUUUAAAUUUCAAAAUUAGAAAUAUUAACAAUAAAAUGAUAAGCUCAAUAAGCAAAUAAAGGAGUUAUAAUAGAAAGAACAAUAAUUAUUGAAGGAUAAUUUGAAUGCAAAGGAACAUUUGUAGUAAUGUGAUUAACUAUAAAAACUAUUAAAUUCUGAGUUGAAUGAUAUGAGAUCAAGAAUUGAGUCUCUUAAUUAAUUAAAUUAGUAAUUAGAUAGAUAAAAUGGAGAAUUCAAAAAUGAAUGUGAACUUACAUUGAAGGAACUUACCGAAAUAAAAAGAAAAUCACAAUAGUAAAUGGAUCUUAAUCUUCAAUUAGAAUAAGAAAUUGAAGAAUACAAAAUUGAAAUUGAGUAGAUUAAAACGAGAAAACAUUAAGAAAUAUCUAAAUAAAGAGAACUUCUUGAUUAAUUAAGAGAAAAAAGUAAUCACAAAAUAACUGAAUUGAAAAACAAAUUAAAAGAAGCUUAAAAUAUUGAAUAAUAUUAAUAAGAGUAAUUGGAUGAACUUUAAGAAUUAAUGAAAUAAUCUGAAAAUCAAUUAAAGUAGUUAUAAAAUAAUCAUAAAUAAGAUCUUAAAUAAAUGGAAUAAUAAUACACUAAAUAAAUUUAAGAUUUGGAAUAGUAAUUCUUCGAUGAAAAAUUAAUCUUAGAGGAAAAUUUAACAACAUCUUUUGAAUAAGUUAUUAUAGAUAAGGACAAAUAAAUCUAAGAUUUAAUGAGGGAAGGCAAAACGAAUAAAGAUAAGUUAUACCAAUAAAAUUUAGAAUUUGAGAAUAUGUAAAGAUAAUAAUAGAACCUUGAAAUGGAGAUUAAUCAUUUAAAUGAAGAAUUAAAUUAGUAAAAUUAUGAUCAAGAAGAGUUAGAUAAUAGAAAUAGAAGUCUAGAAUUGGAUAUCACUAAAAAAGACUAAAAAUUAAAAGUUUUACUCUCAGAAUUAGAUGAUAUUAAAGUUUUCUAAGAAUAAACCUUAAAUACUUUAAGAGAAAAUCAAGACUAUAUUACUGAAAUGGAAAAGGAAAACUAACAACAUUAAUAAUUGUUAUAACACAUUUAAAAUCUAUUAGAAAUUUAAAUUUAGGGAUCUUUUUCUUUCUAAAGACUAGGAUAAGAAGUAGAGUAAAAAUUGAAAUAACAUAAGGAUGAUAUAAAAAGAUAGAUUGAAGAAAUAAAAAAGAAAGAUGAAUUACAUACUUUAGAAUUGUAAGAUAAGGAUUCAAAACUUAUGCUCUUGCAAGAUAAUUUUAAUGAUGAAAACAACAAAAUUUAGUCUCAAUUAUAAGAACAAUAAAUUGAAAACCGAAGAUAAAGAAAUGAAUUUAAAUAGAAAAUUGAUGAACAGAACAAAAUUAUAAUUGAGUUAUAAAAAGAUUAAAUUGAGAGUAAUAAUUAAAUUGAAUUCCUACAAAUUUAGAAUUAAUAAAUUAUUUAGGAUUUAGAAUCAAAUAAUGAACAAUUGGAAUAUGCUGAAUUAGAAAUCUCAGAAAUGAUGAAAAAAGAGAAAAUUUAAAAUGAGGAAAUAGGUAAGAAAAUUAGCCAUUUGAACAAUGAAAACACAUAAUUACAAAUUUAACUUGAAGAAUAGAAAUUUAAAUAAAAAACAUUAAAAUAACGAAUUAUUAGAGCAUUUGGUAGAUAUAAAGAAUUAAUAUCCAUUUAACUUAUUGAAUUAAGAAAUUUUUUAAUCAACAAGUAAAAAUAAUUAGAGAGUGAUUGCAAAUUAAUAUUGCAUAAUCUAUAUAAAAAAUAACUGCUUAUAACAGAAAAUAAGAUAUAAAUGAUAGAGGAGGAAAGAUAAUAUGAAGUGGAGUAAAUGAAUUUGGAAAUGGAGAAAAAAUUAGAUAAUUUCAAGAAGUAAUUUAAGCAAUCAGAAUAAUUAAUAUAUGAAGAAGGUUAAUUUAAAUUAAAAUAGAAAUAAUAGCAGAUAGAAUAAUUAAUGACAUCGAAAGCUAAUGAUUUUGAAUUUAAACAUUAAAUUUCAUUGCUAAAUAAAGAAAACGAAGAACUUUAAAAAUAAUUAUUAUUGCAGGAAUAAAUAUUUCUAGAAUAAAAGUAAAAUUAUGAGCUAGAAUUUAUGAAUUUAAAUAAACUCAUUAAAGAAUAAUAAGAAGAAUUGUAUUUUUUAUUAUUAUAAUUAGAAUAUCUUAAUAAUAGUUCUCUGAAUAUACAAUGAGCAGAGAGAGACAAUUCUUUGAAUAAAGAUAUUAAGAUUUUAAACUGAGAUAAGAAAAGAAAGUAGAUUAAAUUUAAUAAGACUAUUAAUUAUAAAUUUCACAACUAGAAAAUAUAAUUCAAUAGCCUAAUAAAUUGAAAUCUUAAUCUCCAAAUAAGAAUAUCUAAAAAUCGCCCAUUUAAAAUCAGUAACCCAAAUUAUUAAGUAAAUAUUAAUAAAUUAUUGAGACAAUAAAACAUAAAGUUUUGGAAGUCCAAGCAUAAAUUUAUCAACAAAAACACCAAACAAAGCAGUGAAUUCAAUUGAUAAUACAGACAAAACGAUUGAAGAAUUAAGAUUAGAGAUCUAGCAAUAAAAACAAAAACUAAGUAGAAUGAAAUUAACAUUUACUGAAAGUCAAAAAAAACAGUAUAAAAGAAACUGA